AUGCCUUGCUCCCCACGGAUUCGCUGCUUAACUCCUCCUCCGCCCCGGCUCCGGCCCCGCCCCCGCUGGGCGCCCGCCUCUACCCGCCCACCCCUAGUCCCCAACGCAGAGCCAAUCAAGUCAGGGGUUGUGAACCUAAAGCCAAUGGGUGCAGGCCAGGGGCGGGGCUUAGAGCAAGUAACCGUCAAUGAGGUUGCAGUUGGUUGUGGCUGUUUCUGGAUGAAUGGAUUAGCUACCUUCCACCUAUCACUUACAUACUACAUGAUACUCCUCCUGAAGCUCUGGAUGUAUUUAUUCGCUUUGCCUGACGAGGCACUAAGAGGAAACCACACCGACGCCGUGGCUAAUCUUAGGUGUAUGGAGCAGAGCCGAGAGCGAGGAAGGGCUCAUUCUAGUGAGGAAAUCAGGAAGGCAACAGACCGCCCACUUUCGCAGCGUCUGAAAGGAUUUACUGAUGAAUGGCUGGAAAUUUUUAGGCAUUCAUUCUUGCAAACUUCUCAGGAACUCCCUAAAAUCAUUAUAAUAUUGUCUUUGAUCUGUAUGAUUGGAGCACUUUUGAACCAACACUUGAAAGACUUUCCAAUUCCUCUCCCUGUGAUAUUAUUUUUACUUGGAUGCAGUUUUGAAAUGCUAAGUUUUACAUCUGACCAGGUCCAAGAAUAUGCAGAUGCCAUACAAUGGAUGGAUUCCCACUUAUUUUUUAAUCUAUUUACACCGAUAAUCAUCUUUACUGUUGCAUUUGAUAUGGAUGUUUACCUGCUCCACAAGUUAUUUUGGCAGAUAGUUUUCAUUACGAUUCCUGGCUUUCUGAUUAACUAUACCUUAAUCCUUUGGUAUCUGGCAUCUGUGAAUAAAUUGCUUUUGAAAACCACCCCAUGGUUAUUAUUUUCAGCCAUCCUUGUGAGUUUAGAUCCCAUGCUGACUUCAUCUGCUAUAAAAGAUCUGGGUCUUUCUAGAAGCCUCGUCAGUUUAAUUAAUGGAGAAAGUCUGAUGACCUCUGUAAUGUCUUUAAUUACAUUUACUGUUAUUGUGAAUAUUGACCUUAGCUUGCACAAAAAUAUGAUCCAGUCCUUAGCCUAUAUCAUCAUGAAAGAAAUUUGGUUACAUCUUAUAGUAAGUUUCUCGUUUGGAAUUGUUAGUUCAAAACUGAUUCAACUAUGGAUGUCUACUGUUUUUGGAGAGGAUGUCAAUCAUAUAAGUCUCAGCUUUUCAUUUCUGUACCUCAUCUUUUAUAUUUGUGAGCUAACUGAAAUGUCUGGAAUAUUUACUCUUGUCAUUAUGGGACUCUUUUUAAAUUCUACAAGUUUUAAACCAGGAGUUGAAGCACUUCUUCUUGAAUUCUGGAAUUGUCUAUCAUUUGUUGCUUUUCUUAUGGUGUUUACUUUCACUGGACUUCUAAUUCCUGCACAUACAUAUUUAUAUAUAUCAUUUUCUGAUAUAUAUUAUUCAUUAAAUAUCUACUUAACACUUAUUAUGUUCAGACUUCUGGUCUUUCUAUUACUGAGCCCUCUUUUGUCUCAACUUGGUCAUGGUUUCAGCUGGCGCUGGGCAUUCAUAAUGGUCUGGAGCGAAAUGAAAGGGACUCCUAAUAUAAACUUGGCUCUUCUGCUUGCCUACUUUGAAAAAUCUCUUGGAUCUGAGAGGGAGAAAUCUCAAAUAUUAUUUCAUGGAGUGUCAGUAUCCUUGAUUAGCUUGAUUGUCAAUAGAUUUAUUUUGCCAAUGGCAGUUACUAAACUUGGUCUUCGUGAUGUCACAUCAACAAAAUAUAAGUCACUGUAUUAUACAUUUCAACACUUUCAAGAACUAACCAAAUCUGUAGCCUCUGCACUCAAAUUUGACAGAGAUCUUGCUAAUGCAGAUUGGAACAUAGUUGAGAAAACAAUUAUACUUCAAAACCCAUAUGCGUUGGGCCAAGGAGAAACAAAAGAACAUCAAAAAGUGAAAUGUCUACACUGCAACAAGGAAAUAGAUGAUAACCUUAACAUUGAAGCAACGGAGUUGGCCAACAGACGUCUCUUGUCGGCACAAAUAGCGAGCUACCAGAGACAAUACAGGAGUGAGACUCUGUCCCAGAGUGCAGUCCAGGUGCUGGUAGGCGCAGCAGGAAGCUUUGGAGAGAAGAAGGUAGAGUAUAUGAAUGCUGAGACAAUAAAGAAUUAUUCUGAAAGCAAAAAAAUUCUUGUCUUUACAAGAAGAGUAUUGCUCAAUUGGGUGUAUAAUACGAAAAAGGAAAAAGGGAUCCCAUCAAGACAUUGCUUUCUUCGUGCAUGCCAUAAAAUAGUAUUUACUGAUGAAUUUGAGUGCAUCGGAUACCUUGUUAUACUAAUGAAUAUGUUUCCUAUUAUAAUUUCUUGUAUAUCUGUGUUAAACGAUAUCUAUGAGACAGAAUUAACAUAUGCUAACUACUCUUUUCUUGCAUUUUACAUCAUGGAGGCACUACUUAAGAUUGCAGCAAUGAGGAAGGAAUAUUUUUUCCAUGCCUGGAAUCUAUUUGAGCUAACAAUUACAUUAGUUGGCAUCAUAGAUGUAAUUCUGAUUGAGACAAAUUCCAUUAAUUAUUAUAUUUUUGAUUUGGUACAAACAGCCAUCAUUAUGAAAGUUGUUAGAUUUCUUCGCAUCCUACGCAUUUUGAAGCUUGUAACACCAAGGUUGCUGCAAAUAUUAGAUAAAAGGAUGAGUCAUCAGCUGUCCUUUAGAUAUGCUAUACUAAAAGGAUAUGUCCAAGGCGAAGCAGAUAUAAUGACUAUAAUUGAUAAGAUUGCAAGUUCUAAACAGGUUAAACAGAUGUUAUUAAGGAGGGUAACGAAGAACACAGGACAUGCUAUGAAAGAACUAGGCUACUUAGAGUAUGAUCACCCAGAAAUUGCUGUCACUAUGAAAACAAAGGAGGAGAUUAAUGUCAUGCUCAGUUUAGCUAAAGAAAUUGUUAAAGUUUUCAGAUUAAAAGGCAUUCUUCAUAAAAUUGAAGGUUUUGAAAUUAAUAAGAUAAUAAUGGCCAAAAAAAGAGACAUACUUGAUUUUCAACCUACAUAUAAACCUCUUACUGUUGAUGAAGCACUCUAUCAUAUCCCAUGGCUAGAUAAAGACAAAGAACAUAUAAGCUUUAUUCAGGAAAGAUCCAGAGUUGUAACAUUUGAUUGUGGAAAUGAUAUAUUUGAAGAAGGUGAUGAGCCUAAAGGAAUUUAUGUAAUUAUUUCAGGCAUGGUAAAGCUUCAAAGAUCAAAGCCAGGUUUGGGAAUUGAUCAAAUAAUCUGGGAGUCAGAGGAGAAAGAUUACCAGAUAACUUAUACAGACUUUGUGAUCAGUGGGGCAGUAAUAGGAGAGCUAAACUGCUUGACUAAUGCACCCAUGAACUAUUCUGCCACCUGCAAAACUGUAGUAGAGACAUGUUUUAUCCCCAAAAAUCACUUGUAUGAAGCUUUUGAACAAUUUUGUCCUCACAUUGAAUACAGAAUGUGGCUAAAACUUGGGCUUUCUAUUACUGCCAAAAAAAUCAGGGAACAUUUAUCUUAUGAGGAUUGGAAUUACAAGAUGCAAUUAAAACUCAGUAACAUUUAUGUGAAAGAUAUACCAAAGAAUACCAAAACCGAUAUCUAUGAUGAAACAGUGAUCUAUGUCAUCCUCAUCCAUGGAGCUGUGGAAGACUGUCAGUUACGCAAAGCUUAUAAGGCUCCUUUCUUAAUUCCUAUAACAUGUCAUCAGAUACAAGGCACUGAAGAUUUCACAAAGGUAACAAUUGUUCAAACUUCGAUUUAUUCGAAAAGAUUCAGGUGGAACACUAGAAAGUAUAUAGCUUCACAUAAACCAGCUGAUCCAACAACAUCAGUCUUUUCUGAAGGAGCUGAGUCCAGAACAUGUGAAUAUCCCCUUCCAGAAGAGACACAUACUCAAUUUGAAGCAGGUGAAAAUGGAACACAUGAAAAUCUCUCUCAAGAAGAGACAUAUACUCAGAAUCAAGAGCCUACGAAAUCAAUUGCUAAGAUCAUGAUGGAUAAGAGCAUCUAUAAGAAUACCUCAAAUAAGCCUAAACGGAAGUCUGUUAAGGAGGCAAAACAUACCACACAGAAGGCAGUUAAAUGA